CACUGGAAUUACAGGACAUUUGUGAUUCAUUUGCAUCCCUGAAGAGCAUCUGUAGAAGAGGAAGGAGAAGAUGUGUGUGAAAACAUUUACUCAUAGCUCCUCUUCCCACAGCCAGGAAAUGCUUGGAAAACUAAAUAUGCUGCGAAAUGAUGGACAUUUUUGUGAUAUCACUAUUCGUGUCCAGGACAAAAUCUUUCGGGUACAUAAGGUGGUACUAGCAGCUUGCAGUGAUUUCUUUCGCACCAAACUUGUAGGCCAAGCAGAGGAUGAGAACAAGAAUGUGUUGGAUCUGCAUCAUGUUACAGUGACUGGCAUUAUACCCCUUUUAGAAUAUGCUUACACAGCUACUCUUUCAAUUAACACAGUAAAUAUUAUUGAUGUUCUAGCUGCAGCCAGCUAUAUGCAAAUGUUUAGUGUUGCUAGCACCUGCUCAGAGUUCAUGAAGUCAAGUAUUUUGUGGAAUACACCCAAUAGCCAACCAGAAAAGAGUCUAGAUGCUGGACAAGAAAGUUAUUCUAACUGCAAUUUUACUUCUCGAGAUGGAAGCAUUUCCCCCGUGUCUUCAGAGUGCAGUGUGGUGGAAAGAACCAUUCCUGUCUGCAGAGAGUCCCGGAGAAAACGCAAAAACUACAUUGUUAUGUCUCCUGAGAGUCCUGUAAAGUGUAGCACACAAACAAGUUCACCCCAGGUAUUAAACUCUUCAGCUUCCUACACAGAAAACAGGAAUCAACCAGUUGACUCUUCAUUAGCUUUUCCCUGGACUUUUCCUUUUGGAAUUGAUCGAAGGAUUCAACCUGAAAAGGCUAAGUAAGCAGAAAAUACCCGGACUUUAGAGUUACCUGGCCCAUCUGAGGCAGGUAGAAGAAUGGCUGAUUAUGUGACUUGUGAAAGCACAAAAACUACCCUUCCUCUGGGUACCGAAGAAGAUGUCCGGGUCAAAGUAGAAAGGUUAAGUGAUGAGGAGGUCCAUGAAGAAGUGUCCCAGCCUGUCAGUGCAUCUCAGAGUUCACUGAGUGAUCAGCAGACAGUGCCAGGAAGUGAACAAGUCCAAGAGGACCUUCUGAUUAGUCCACAGUCUUCCUCUAUAGGCUCAGUAGACGAAGGCGUUACCGAGGGGUUGCCUACACUUCAAAGCACUUCUAGCACUAAUACUCAUGCGGAUGAUGAUGAUCGAUUGGAAAGUGUUCAGUAUCCCUACCAACUCUACUUUGCUCCUUCUACCAGCAGCACAGAACGACCAAGUCCAAAUGGUCCCGACAGACCUUUUCAGUGUCCAACCUGUGGGGUGAGAUUCACCCGUAUUCAGAACUUAAAACAGCACAUGCUCAUCCACUCAGGAAUUAAACCACUUCAGUGUGACCGCUGUGGGAAAAAGUUCACCAGGGCUUACUCGCUAAAGAUGCAUCGCCUAAAGCAUGAAGUGAUUUCCUAGUACAGGACUACUUAAACCAGGAACAAGAAGAGACCCUUGUUCAGUAUGAUCUUGGAGAACACGGUUUUGAAAGCAACUCCUCUGUUCGAAUGCCUGUAAUUUCACAGGUCUCCUCAACCCAGAAUUGUGAAAGCACUUUUCCCUUGGGGUCUCUUGGUAGGCUGGCAGAGAAGGAGGAAGAAGUGCCAGAGCAGCCAAAGACCAGUGCUUGUACUGAGGCUACCAGAGAUGACCCCCCAAAAGCAGAGCUGUCUUCUAUAACUAUUGAGUAAUUUUGUGAUUUGGCUUCAUUUUUGGUUUUUGGAAAGUGCCUGUGCUUGGUCUUGUGCAUUUAAAGUUAAUUUAAUUUUUAAACAAGAAAGGGUUUGGGAAAGAACUUCCCUUUUCACUUUGUAAGCCCUGUGACUAACGUUUUAUUUUUCAUAACAGAGAUUGCUUCUGUAAGUACACAGCAACAUGAUGUUGAAACAGAAUAGGAACUGUGAGACUUAAGGAGAACCUGUUGACUUAAAA